AUGCAUCGCUCCCCCGCCGCUAUGGUUACAAAGCCAAUGGCGGAUCCUAAUAUUGAGAUCCGCACCCCAAGGGACCCAAACACCUUGUCUAACUAUCACAACUUUGUGACCAGGCAUACGAGUGUCGAUUUUGAUAUCGAUUUCCAGAAGAAGCGGUUGUUUGGAAGUGUAGUGUUGACGUUGGAGAGUCUGACGGAUGAGGAGGUGAAAGAUGUUGUAUUGGAUAGCAGCUUCCUUGACAUCUCCGUCGUAGAAGUCGAGGGUAAAAGUGUCAAGUUCAACGUUGGCGAUCGUGUGGAGCCCUAUGGCAGUCCUCUUACCAUUACGCUUCCAUCCAAGGUUCCCAAAGGCAAGACCGUCGAUGUUGAGAUCAAGGUCGCUACUACCGAUAAGUGUACCGCACUUCAGUGGAUGACGCCAGCUCAAACCUCGAACAAAAAGCACCCGUACAUGUUUUCGCAAUGCCAGGCCAUCCAUGCACGAUCUGUCUUCCCUUGCCAGGAUACUCCGGAUGUCAAGUCAACUUUCAGCUUUGCCCUACGCUCACCGCUACCGGUGCUUGCCUCGGGUCUGCCUACUGGAGCCAGUGACUAUCUACCUGCGAAGAAGGACGGUGAGAGCGGUACCAUGAAAUACACGUUUGAACAAAAGGUCCCAAUGACAGUGUACCUUUUUGCUGUUGCGAGUGGAGAUCUAGCAUGCGCAAGCAUUGGCCCCCGCAGUACGGUAUGGUCUGGACCCGAAGAGCUCCUUGCGUGCAAAGAUGAACUUGACGGCGAGAUCGAACCUUUCAUGAAGGCACUCGAAUCGAUUGUCUCACCCGCGUACCAAUGGGGACAAUACAAUGUACUCAUUCUGCCACCAUCAUUCCCGUACGGCGGCAUGGAGAACCCAGUCUGGACCUACGCUACUCCUUCCAUCAUCUCUGGUGACAAGCAAAACGUCGACGUCAUCGCACACGAGCUGUCUCAUUCGUGGUCCGGUAACCUUGUCAGUGCAGCGAGCUGGGAGCACUUCUGGCUGAACGAAGGCUGGACCACCUACCUUGAACGUAGAAUUGCUGCUGCCAUUCACGGAGAGGCGCAUCGCCAUUUCUCUGCUAUCAUCGGCUGGAAAGCUCUGGAGCAAAGCAUCGAGAACUAUGGCGCAGACCACCCCUACACUAAGCUCGUUCUCGAUCUCAAGGGUCAAGACCCAGAUGACGCAUUCUCCUCCAUCCCUUAUGAGAAAGGUUUCCAUGCCCUUUAUCAGUUUGAACUGCUUCUCGGAAAGGACAAGUGGGAUUCCUUCAUCCCACACUACUUCGACACCUUCAAGUUCAAGUCAGUCGAUUCAUACGACUUCAAAAGCUGUCUGAUAGAGUUCUUCGAGAAGGAUGCUGAGAGCAAGAAGAAGCUUGAUGACUUUGACUGGGACAAACUCUUCUACGCGCCCGGCUAUCCUGUGAAGCCAGACUUUGACCAGACUAUGGUCAAGAGUUGCUAUGAGCUUGCAGACAAGUGGCAAGCCCUGGUUUCUUCCGAAUCUGGAGACUUCAAGCCCCAAUCCUCAGAUAUCGGAGGCUGGGUAUCUAACCAGUCGGUUGUCUUCCUCGAAAAACUCCAAAACUUCGCUUCCAAGUUCUCAGCCGACCAAGUACACUUGCUAGGCGCAACGUAUGGCUACAACGACACCCAGAACAUUGAAGUUCUAUCACGCUACCUGAGUAUCGGACUCAUGGCCAAGGCCCAAGAGACGUACGAGCCAGCAGCGAUUUUGCUAGGCAAGAUUGGUCGUAUGAAGUUUGUGCGACCCAUGUUCAGGUUGUUAAACGAGGCGGAUCGCGAUCUGGCUGUCAGCACAUUUGAGAAGAACAAGGAGUUCUACCACCCAAUCUGUAGGCAGAUGGUUGAGAAGGAUUUGUUCGAAGAGAAGAAAUAG